GAAACUUCUCUUUAAAAAAGUUCACUGUACUAUACCAACCAUGUUGCGGAUAUUGGUUGCAGCCAUCUGCGUGGCCCUCGCUCACGGCAUCACCGUUGAGGAGACGGCCUACUUCGGCACCACCGGAGCACCUGAGGGAAACACCGGUAUCACUGGGUGGGUCACUAUCACCUCCAGUGGGUCCAACUGGGCCAUCCAGAGUAACAACAUCCCAGACCACGAGACAGGUACCUUCCCCGCCCAGUCCAACCCCAACUCCAUCGCUGAGCAGACCAUUAGCCGUACGGUCCCUAAGGAACCCCAGGUAGCCUCCACGACCACCUGUCUCCCCGGCGGUCCCAUCGCCGUCGCGGUCAACGGCAUCGUCAUGUACAACCCAUGGGAUGCUGACGGCGAGAACGCGGUCGAGGGAGAGGGCGCCGAGGUCUUCGACAUGUGCGACGGACAUCCAGACCAGCAGGGAAGGUACCACUACCACAUGGAACCGUCCAGCUGCCUCUUCGACGUCAACCCCGGCGUGCCCUCCCCAAUGGUCGGUGUCGCUUUCGAUGGCUUCGCAAUCUACGGCCCCGUCGACGAGAGUGGAAACACAUUGACCUCAGCUGACCUCGACGAGUGCCACGGACGCUACACCGCCAAUGGCGUCUACCAAUACCACACCACCUCCGAUUUCCCCUACAUCCUGGGGUGCUUCAGAGGUACCCCUCAAGGACUCAAUACCGGUGGUAGCUUUUGCUACAAGGCUGCUGAUGCUGAUGAGGAUGGCAAUGUAGAUGGUGGUGGUGGUGGUGGCGGAGGAGGGCCUCCAAAUCGACCACGCCCGAGACGCUCCAGCCCUCCAGCCAACGCCCUGGUGCCACAGAAUCUCUUCCAGAGGAGGCUGCCAGCGGGGUACAGGGAGUUCCUCCAGAAGGUCAUCUUCAGGCAUUAAAGCUAGAAUAUUUCAAAAAUAGAUUAAAUUAAAAUACGCCCAAAAUAAUUCAUUUAAGAAUAUAGCGGAAAUAACACCACUCCAAUUAAUAUUGAUCUUAUUAAUUUAUUAGUACUAUUUUCAACGUAAAAACAUGUGCUUGAUAACGAGAAUAAUUAAUAAAAACAAAUGAUAAUGGAUAAUAAUCA